AUGCGACUCUUCAAUAAGUUUCAUGUCGUGUGCGCCUUGGCUGUAUGCAGUAUUCUUCUCUCGGCAUGGCUUCUUGCUUCCCAACACUACUUCCGCCGAGCUCCUUCGGUGAAUCCGGCAUACGGUUUCCGCACUGCAAAGACCUUUGAUCGGAGGUUGGUUGUAUUUGGUGAUUCGUGGAGCGAUAACAACAGUAGGGGAAACCUCCAAGGGUCAGUGUGGACGGAAUGGCUCUGCUCAAUGUUUUCAUGCCACCAUGAGAACCUGGCAGUGACAGCCAAAUCGCUAAGAGGAACCCAGAUUGGCUCCGUUGUAGACAAUUCCGAGUUGUCGGCAAUCUUGCUCAGCUUAUCCAAAUCACCAGUGGCGGAUUUCAAAACGCAGGUCGGCCGAUGGACAGCCGCUGAGUCUGAAAUACUGGAGCAAUUGGCCGGUGAUGAGGGAGCUAUCAUCAACCGUUUGAAUCGUACUAUUGUGGCGGUUUCCUUCGGUGUAUGGGAUCUGUGGAACAUGAUGGGGAAAGACUACGACGAAGCUCUCAAAUCCGUUGAUCACAGCAUUGAUGUCAUUUUCGAACAGCUUGACUCGCUGUCUCAGUCUUUAGGCACCGAGGAGCUGAAGGUCAUUCUGACGCUGGCGCCAGAUGUCUCUUUCUUUCCUGCAUUUAAACCCGCGGGGGAGAAGCGGGUCACUCGUCAUAAGCAUAUCGUCCUCAUCAUGGAUCACUGGAAUAAGAGGCUUCGUGAAUCUGCAGAAAAAUGGAACCAUGGCAUAAUCUAUUUGUUUGAUACUAACUCCUUUUUGGUGGAUCUGAUCCGUGAUCGGCAGCUUUAUGACGCUGGCAUUGAGGAGGCCAACGGCCUUGGAAAGAACUUGAAUCCGGGCUGGGAAAAUGUCGACGGCCCAUGUGUCGAAAACGGCCAACAACUUGUGGUGACAUCAGAGGUCAAGAAGUGUGAAAAUCCGGAGAAAUAUUUAUUCUGGUACGGACAAAGCGCUAUGGGACUUAUUGACUCGAUCUAG